CCCAGCUCAUCUUAGGGGCUUUCCUCUCCCUGUCUCUCUCUUCUGACAGGUGGAAGAAGGGGUGGCAGACACUCCAAAUAGGAAUGACUCCAUGACUGGCCUGUGGCUUUAGGGAAUUAAAAGAUCAAUUCUAAAUGCAAUAACAAUAUAAAUAUAUAAAGAAGAGGGGUCGGCAACAAUCUCCAAAUGGCAUCGGAGGUUACUUACGCUGAGGUAAAGUUCAAGAAUGCAGCACCACCACCUGCAGAGACCAAAGUACCUCCAGAGAAGAGCACAACGCAGAGUGCACUCCAGAAGCCCACGUGGCGAUUCCUGUGGUUGGUCUCAGCACUGUUGCUGUGUGUCUCUCUCCUCAUUGCCCUCAUUGUCACUCUACUCAAGGGAACUGGAGGCUGUGAAGAGCACAAGGCCCUGCCCCAGAGUUCUGCAGAGUGGCAUUGUGUCCUGGGGAGAGCUGAGGAGAAAGGGCAAGUCUGGACAUGCUGCCCCAUGGGCUGGAAGCACUUUCAGUCCAGCUGCUACUACUUCUCUAUAGACACCAUGAACUGGAGUGACAGUGAGACAAACUGCACAGGAAUGAGUUCCCACUUGGUGGUGAUCAACACAGGAACUGAGCAGGAUUUCAUUUUAAAUUGGAUAAAAAGAACUGUUACAUCCUUCCAAAAUAAGAAUUACUAUAUUGGUCUGACAGAUCAGGCACAGGAAGGCCAGUGGCACUGGGUGGAUCAGACUCCAUAUAAUGAGACUGCAGCAUUCUGGAGACAAGGUGAACCCAGUAAUAGCAAAAUGGAGAACUGUGCUGUCAUGCAUGUAAAGACAAAUGCAAAUAGGAAGAAUUGGAAUGACAUUCCGUGUUCCACUACAGUAAAUAGAAUUUGUGAAACUGAUGCAACAAGGUUUUGAGGAACGAAACCCCGUCCAGGACGUGAAGCCAGAAAGAGAGAGCGCCCAUCCCUGGCUAGAGGAAGCUGAGCGAGAGAUCUGAUUGGAGGGUUUGGUUCAGAUGUGGGACUUGUGCUGUAAUUAUGGAGUGGAAGGUUACUGUGUUUAAUGGUUCAAACUCACCCAUAUGCACAAAAGAAUUUUGGAAAAAAAAUUGGUAAAAUGUUCUGAAGUGGAAAAGGGGUAAUUUUCAGCAGAACUCUGUUUAUGAUGUCACAAAGGUGGACUAUGCCAGCA